GGUACUGUGGGAGACGGUCAUUCCGCAAGAAACACUUCAACUUCAAUAACAUGUUGCCAGAAUGAAGAAGUUGAUUUCAAUCACGCUGAUCCUAUACGGCAUCCACGCUACUUAUGCAGCCUCUCACUCUAUCAAGUACUUCUACACUGCUGUCACAGCGGGUAUUGACUUCCCAGAGUUCACUGCUGUGGGUCUGGUGGAUGAUGAGCCGUUUGUGUACUAUGACAGCAAAAUCACAACGACGAUCCCCAAGACUGAGUGGAUGAAGAAGAAUGUGGGAGAAGAUUACUGGGACAGAGAGAGUCAGAAGUUCCUUGGUUCACAGCAGACCUUCAAAGCCAAUAUUGGAAUUGCCAUGCAGCGCUUCAACCAGACUCAGGGUGUGCACACUGCUCAGGUCAUGUACGGCUGUGAGUGGGAUGAUGAGACCGGGGCCACAGGAGGGUUUGAUCAGCAGGGAUACGACGGUGAAGACUUUGUUGCUUUAGACACAAAAACCUGGACGUACAUUGCACCUCGGCCGCAGGGGGAGAUCACUGCACGGAGGUGGAAUAAUGACGGAGCUAAGAUUGAGAACUGGAAGCAGUACACAACCCAGAUCUGUGUUGAAUGGCUGAAGAUGUACGUGAGCUACGGGAAGAGCACUCUGGAGAGGAGAGUUCAGCCUGAGGUCUCUCUACUGCAGAAGGACACCUCCUCUCCUGUUACCUGUCAUGUGACCGGAUUCUACCCCCGUGCUGUCAUGGUGACCUGGAAGAGAGACGGACAGGACCUGGAUAUGGGCGUAGAGCGGGGGGAGACGGUGCCCAAUGGGGACGGAACGUUCCAGACCAGGUCUCACCUGCGCGUGAAGCCUGAGGACUGGAAGAGGAACACAUACACCUGCACUGUGCAGCACAAGAGCCUGGAGGAUGAGAUAAUUCUGCCUGUCACAGAGGAGAACAUCAAGAGCAACAAAGAGAUUCAGCCUGAGGUCUCUCUACUGCAGAAGGACACCUCCUCUCCUGUUACCUGUCAUGUGACCGGAUUCUACCCCCGUGCCGUCAUGGUGACCUGGAAGAGAGACGGACAGGACCUGGAUGUGGACGUAACGCUGGGGGAGACGGUGCCCAAUGGGGACGGAACGUUCCAGACCAGGUCUCACCUGCGUGUGAAGCCUGAGGACUGGAAGAGGAACAGAUACACCUGCACUGUGCAGCACAAGAGCCUGGAGGAUGAGAUCAUUCUGCCUGUCACAGAGGAGAACAUCAAGAGCAACAAAGACCCGGAGAGUGGCUCCAUGGGCAUCAUCAUUGGCUGUGUUCUGGGCGCUCUCCUCCUCAUCAUCGCCGUCAUCGCUGUCUUCAUCUGGAGGAAGAGAACCUCAGGCUACGGGAAGACUAGCACCGCUGACACUGAUUCUGCGAACUCUGACCAACCUGCAAUAAAAGCCUAAGAUCAGUGAAGACUAAUGCACAGGGAUACCACACUUGCGCCAUCACCCAGUGCAAGGAACCUUGGCGUGGUGAUGGACAGCAGACUGUUCCUUUCCGAGAACAUUGCGGCGGUGACACGGUCAUGCAGGUUCUUCCUAUACAACAUACGGAGAAUCCGCCCCUUUCUCACCCCCUACUCGACCCAGCUCCUGGUCCAAGCGAUGGUUCUGUCCCGCCUGGACUAUUGCAAUUCCCUCUUGGCUGGCCUCCCUGCGUCCGUCAUCAGACCCCUCCAACUUAUCCAGAAUGCAGCAGCUCGUCUGGUCUUCAACCUUCCCAAAUACUCACACGUCACCCCCCUGCUUACUUCCCUCCACUGGCUGCCUGUCAUUGCUCACAUCAAAUUCAAAACAUUGGUGCCACCUCACGCUCACGACUACUGUCUGUUCUGGCUCCACGGUGGUGGAACAAACUCCCCGUUGAGGUCAGAACUGUAGAAUCUCUCCCCACCUUCAAGCGCAAACUCAAGACGCACCUCUUCAAGCAGCACCUCUCCCUGUCCCUCCCUACCUCCCUGUGAACCUUUCUGUGAUUUACUUUUUUGUGUAUCAGUGUUUUUAGUUUGGCUAGGUAAGCAGUGUUUGGCUAGUUAAGGGGUUUGGUCAUACUUUUGCAUUUGUUUGUUUAUUUGUUUGUUUAUAAAAAUAAAUAAAAUAAAAAUCAAAUAGGCCCUGGUCCUUAUCUUUGUUGUGCAGGUAGCAGUUGAAAUUGUACUUCCCUCUAGGGUCUUUCAGCGCACUAAUCCCUGGUUAUGGGUAUGCACUUUGUUGUAUGUCGCUCUGGAUAAGAGCGUCUGCCAAAUGCCAUUAAUGUAAUGUAAUGUAAUGGUUAGUUCCCGAGAACCUUCCCUAUUUUUAUUGCUUGGAUCCACUUCUGUUUAGUGGAGCGAGUGGCAGAGUUUGGCGCUUAAGGUUUAGCCCUUUCGAGACUGCCGGUCAAAAAUCCUGUUUCGUUUUUCCUAACCGUUAUAGUCAGAUUUUAGGUUAGCAUAUAGCCGGGGAGUUUGGUUCCCUUUUUUAGUUGUUUUCUCACACAAAACUCGGCCACUUCUUUGGGGAUUUCGUGCUAGUUUGCACUUUCACGGUUUUGUUUCAGUGGGUAGUUUGCCAGGGAGUCUCUCCCAUUUUCUGUUUUAUAUUCCUCGCCUAUUUUAGUGGUUAUCCAACUUACCAUUGGUAACUUUGUGAUCCCUUCCCAGUCGCUCUUGGUCUCCUGCCCCUGCUCCCUCACACCUGUAUGUAACAAGGUUGAAUGGUAAAUAUUUGUUUCUACAACAAUAACAAUAGAAAUAGUUCUGGCUCCAUCCCUGCAGGCCUGUAGCCCUGUAAUAGACUGUGGAUCCAGAGCAGCCAUGGCUGCCAUUUGUGGCAGCCAUUUUGUGCUACAAGGCUCUGCUGAUAUCAGAUGCAGGCUAGAGGUAGUAAUUGCAGUCCAUUACUGCAGCAGGUGGGCAGAGCUUUUUGGCUGACCUGUAGAUCUUCUGCUAAUACUGGAUUAAGGGUCAUUUAACACGAAAAUUGAGUGCUCAUGCUGUUCUCUUUCUUCAUAUUCUCUUAAUUUUUCACUAUGUACAUAUUGUAUAGAUGAGAGUGCUUGUGUUUAACUGUGUGUGUAAUGCACUGAAUAAUGAGAAUCAACUCCCAGCCCAAAACAGACAGGGACCCACAAUAGAACUGAAGUACAGACCAGCAGGUGUCCAUUUUAACACGACACAGCUCUGUUGUAAUGUUCCAUAAUGAGGCAGGUAACAUUCAGCAGGAGCCUCUACACAAAUACUCAUUUACUUGCAGAUUAGACCACAACAAAACAUUUUGUAUUGGACCGCACAAAUCAUUCUCCACUGAUUAAUUGGUUUAUCAUUAAAAUGUCUUGUUUAAUAUCAACUUCAAACUGCAUUUCCAUGUAACCCGGAUGUAGCACAAAGCACAUGAUUUCUAACGGGCAUUGUCGUAUGUUUCCCUGUGUCGGGAAAUUAUAUACAUUUAAACGUUUUGGCUUCAGUAGAUUCCUGUGAUUCUAAGCCACCCUUAAUUAUCAGGCUAGAUAAACGUGCUUAAUUAGUCAUUGAUAAAUGAGUAACAGUGGUUUUAACAGGUUGUACUGUCAGUAUAAAUGAGUAACAGUGGUUUUAACAGGGUGUACUGUCAGUAUAGAUGUUCACACAGUUUGCACAAGCUCUCAUGUUUUUUGUUAUUGUUCUGUUUUUAAAUGUUUGAGUUGUUAAUAUGUUUAAUCUGAAGGGGUUUUUAAAUUGACAAUUGAAUUCUAGGUUUUAAUAUUUUUGGAUGUAAUUUGGUGGUGGGUAAGAAAAUUUCAGAUUCUGAAGUUCAGAUGAGAUUGAAUCUGAAUGAAUUAUCAAUAAUAAUAGCUUAUAUCCAUCCAUCCAUCCAUCCAUCCAUCGUCACCCGCUUAUCCGGAGUAGGGUUGCGGUGGCAGUAGGCUAAGCCGGGUAUUCCAGGCGUUCCGGCUCAGCUCCCUCUUCACCACGACGGUCUGGUGCAAUGCCCGCAUUACUGCUGACGCUGCACCGAUCCGCCUGUCGAUCUCACACUCCCUUCUACCCUCACUCGUGAACAAGACCCUGAGAUACUUGAACUCCUUCACUUGGGGCAAUGACUCGUUCCCAACCCGGAGGGAGCAAUCCACCACAAAAUAAUGUGGAAUAAUAAUUUUUCCCAAGUUAAAAGGAAGUUCUUUCGAUUCAAAGUCAGUAUGAUAGAUCUUGAUAUUGUACCAUUUGAUUGUAUGACAAAAAAUAAACAUGAAAAAUCACAAGGUUAGCUUGAUGAAAUUGAUUGACAUUAACAAACAUUGUUUAAGUUUUUACAAGUGUUUGUAAAAUGACCUGAUUAAGUAAAGGGGAGAAACUGUUUUAAAGUGUGCUUUUUACAAACAAUAGUCAACCUACAGUUCAAUUGAGGGUCAAUGCGUUUGUUAUCAGAUCUGGGUUCAGUUUUGUUUUGGAUUCAAAUACUUUUCUGUCCUCUGUUGAUCUUGCAAAUGUAUUAAAAAUCUAAAACUGAAA